GGCGCGCGCCGCCGCUGCCGCGGCGCACGCCGGCUCGCGCGCGGCGCGAUGGAGGACCACUUCGAGUGCGGCGUCUACCGUAUCAUCAGGGACGCCCUCCUGUCCUCUGGCCCGUCGCUGGGAGACGGCGACGUCGGCUCCAUGCCCAUCGGGGCGUUGGUCGAGGUCAUGGAGGUUGUCGACUUGCAGGAAGACCAGCGCGUACGAGCCAGGAUCCGCUUCGGGGGAGCCGACGCCGGGUGGAUCUCGCUGAAGUCCACCGACGGGCAGAAGGUCUGGGCCGAGAAGGUGGCCGAGGAGCUGUGGAUCACGGACAACAGCGUGCUCAACGCCGACAGCCCUGGCAUCGCCUACAGGCACAGCCAGAGCAUCGAUGACCGCGUGGAGGAUCAGCUUGUGUGCUGGGGCCAGGCUGUGAGGGGUUGCGUGACACCGAAUGGUGAUUGGCUGGAGGCCCGGGUUGCUCUGGCUACUUUCUGGAUUUCAUCGGAUGCAUGUCGAGCGAGGUUCGGUAUCCACGUGCUCCACACGGAUUUCCUUGCAUGAUGGCUCAUGAGAAUGUAGCGCUGCUGAAUCCUUCUCUUCCGCAAGGGGCUGCUACCUAUGUCGUGCCCGCUGCUGCCGGCGCCAUCAUGUUGCCGUACGCGCGACACCGACCAAACCCAUUCUUGUUUUUUUUCUCUUCUUCCAUUGGGCGCGAACUCACCUUGUGGCUAUCACUGAUAUGUGAACCCGUCAAUUUGGACAUCGAUGUUCGAGGCGUAGUUGGACAGCCGAAUGCGUGCUUCUGUAUGACCUCCUAGCAGCGAUUGGAAAUGAUAUCGCCGCAGCACGUUGUUACUUGACAUGCCGUCUACCACUUGUUUCAUAGUAGGGCAAGCAUGGUCUCGAUGCGCGUUCUGGCGUUAGCUUGUACGAGUACCCAGCUAUGGCUGGAAUUCCGUAUACUGCCAAUGAUGGCUUACAUUCCCUAGACAUGGUUUUGAGCAGCCAGCAAGAUUGCGGAGAUUCCGCUUAAUCUUUUUUUGCACCUUGCAGGUUGGGCUAGUGAGAUUUUCAGAUCGUUGGAUUUUUCCUUUGUGUCAUCGCAGCUGGAUCGGGAAUUGCCGC